UUCUGCUACUGGUCAGGCCACGCGUCAUGGCGCAGUUUCCUGUCCUUCUGUCCCUCGUUUGCGCGCGCCACGUCUUUCUUCCUUUUUUUGGGGGGUUCUGCCUCCCUCUGUGUUUUGGAAUGCGAGAUCUGAUUCGGAGCUCUCGAGGUGUUCCUUCUGUACCGGAGGCUGCUGCUUCUCCUCUGUUCCUCCAUCCGAUGAACGGCGACGGCGGGAUCCAUUCGACAGCAACCUACCGCUUCGCCUGCGGAUUUGAGGCCGGCGGCGCGGCUGCUGCUUCUCCGGAUCACGGUCGAUCAGGGCAUCGUGGGCGCCGAGGGAGUGCUGCUGCCGGAUUCGAUGUCGCCGCCAUCUCUGUUGCCGCCGAUGGGGUCAUCUUCUGCAUUUGCUUGCUACUCAUAUUCAGAGGCUAGCUGCUCCUGGCAAGCUGACUGCCAGCUAUCUACUUCAUGUUCUGCUAUAUGUUAUCUGACAGUUAUAGUGUGCCUCUUGGUGUUACCUAUAGGUUAACUGGUAUUUCUUUGCUUCAGUGGACUCUACUCGCCAUGCUACAUCUCAGAUUCUAGGAGGUAGUUUCUGUCAUUCCUUUUAUCCUCAUCGCUGAAUGUUUCUGUUUUUACAUCAGUAUGUCUAAUCGGACCACACUGCCAUUUCAAUUUGAUAAAAAAGACGCACACCUUUCUCUGUUAUUAAUGUCAAGAGAUCUUUCUAAUUGUGUUUUCUACCGGUUAGGUAUAGUAAUUUAUAUGUCUCCCUAGCUGCACAGUAUCGACUACUUAUUCGGCUUAUUUCUAUAGAGAAUAAGUUUUGGGGUUACAUUAGCGUGUCGACACCAUGAUUGUAAUCUACAGAGGACAGGUGCUAAAGUGCAAGAAAACUGUAUGAUAAUCUCAUUGGCACCUGUUAUUUUAGUCUAAUACUAAUAUGCAAACAGAGACUGUACAUAGUAAUUUACUAAGUCAGUUUGUAUCCUGAUUUAGAUUUAUUCAGUUCUAUAGCUAGAUUUCCAUUUAUUAACUGAUUUAUUUGACCUUUCCGUCGUCUUUUACUGAAAGUUUCCUUAUUAGCUACGUGAAAACACUUCUCAAUAUUGUUUGUUCUCAAUACUUCUCCCCAAGCAAUGUCGGUACUCUAAGAGUUUAUACAAUGCUGACAUAAACUUUCUGUUUCGUCAAUCAGUUUAUCUCCUUGCUGUAUGUGUACAAAAUUGCUUAUUUAUGAUACUUUUUACAUGAAACUUGCUGGUUCUAUUUGGUGUUAAAUAGCUGACAUAUCUCAAACAAAAUAGUUGAAAGAGAAGAAUAAACAAGAAAAUAUGAUGGUCGUUAUUUUUUUCCUUGGUCCUGUGGAUGCUUGCGAUAUUACAAUAAAGUAUGUGUUACGGGAGAAUACGGCACGUGUUAUGACCGGCAUAUUAGGGGCUUAGCCUAGUUAGUUGUGGCCCAGUUUAUCUUAUCGUUAUUAGGGGCUUAGCCCAAUUAUCUUAUUAGGAGGA